AUGGCGAGCAACCACCCGCCUUCGUUGACGCGACAGCAUACGCAUGACAUCGAACUUGGUAUCUCAGAGGUCCUCCAGCGUCAUGCCACUCGCCAUGUGGUUGCACCCAAGCCCGUGUCCCAGCGAAAGCUCAAUUUUGAGCACAAGCGACCGCGUAUUAUGCGGGAAAUGAUGGCAGAAGCUACUGGUGUUUUCUUCUACGUGUUCCCUGGUAUUGCCUCCGUGGCCUCGUUCACCCUUGCUACAACCAAUGGCGUUGGGGCAGCUGUUGGCAUCCCAGUCUUUGGAUCUAUCUUCCAGAUUGGUUGUGCCUUUGCCAUGGGUAUCGCGUUUGCGAUCAUUACCUGUGCACCCACCAGCGGUGGUCACUUCAACCCGGCCAUCACAAUUUGUUUUGCUAUCUGGCAAGGCUUCCCAUGGAAGAAAGUCCCCCACUACAUUUUCUCUCAGAUCUUUGGCGCCUUCAUGGCCGCCUUGUUCCUCAUGGCGUGCUACUGGCCGGAGAUCCAAGCAGCAAAAGCCAUCGAUCUCAAGGAGCAUGGUACCGCGGUCUAUAACGGCGGAGUGGCCAGCAUAUUCUGCACGUUCCCCAACCCGGACCAGCACAACCAGGGCUAUCUCUUCUUCCAGGAGUUCUUCGUAGACAGCUACAUUGGCAUUCUCAUCUGGGCGUGCCUCGACCCGGCCAACCCCUUCGUCAGCCCCAGCACAGCGCCUUUCACCAUCGGUCUGGUCUACGCCACCAUGGUCUGGGGUUUCGCCGGAAAUAGUAUCUCGACCAACUUGGCCAGGGACCUGGGCACGCGUAUCGUCGCAGCCAUCUUCUUCGGCGGUGAAGCCUUCAGCUUCGACAACGGGUACUCGUGGAUUUCCAUCCUGGUCAACGUCCCCGCCACCAUCUUCGCCACGGGAUACUACGAGUUCCUGAUGCGGGACAGCCUCCAGAAGAUCCAGAAGGGUCAUGCCGAGCACGAAGAGGGUGAGGAAGGUCUCUCUAGGUAUCUGUCCAAGGUUACCGGCAUGGAUGUGCCCCCGCCGACCGAGCGUGGUACGAUGAAUGCUGCCAACGGCUAUUCUGCCGAUGGCGUUUUGGAGAAGCAAUUCUGA